UGUGAGGGCGCCUGCCAGUUCCUGCCACGCCCGGGGGUUAGCUGCGGCGGCGGCAGCUUCACCUGCUGCUCUCAGGCUGCCGCAGUGUUAGGGGCUUCUUCCCCAGCGAGUGCGAGCGGAGGAGCGAGGACGCCGGGCCAUUCCCAAGGAAGAUUACUCAGCUGAUCUUCAGUUGUACCUGUUCUGUAUUCGGACGUGCAGGAACUUCAGAUGUAGACACUUCCUCAGGCUUAAGAAAAGCUGAAGAGAAUGAGCAUGCCAUGACUGUCCAAGGGUUGUAACCACAUGAGAGCACUUACAGCUGCAGAUGUCACCUGACUCAUCGCAGAAAAUCUGUCCUACAGAAAAUAUCCAUAUGACCACAUCCAUUUCUUUACUAAAUGGCUUAAUGGAUUUCCUUUACUCCGAUUCCUACGAAAGCUGCCCCUUUCAACCAAAGCAGGAAAGGAUUCUGCAUGAGUCAAUCCCAGAAUGCCAUUUUCAAAUCACAAACAGGUGAAGAAAACCUCAUGAGUAGCAAUCAUAGAGACUCGGAGAGCAUCACUGAUGUCUGCUCCAACGAGGAUCUCCCUGAAGUCGAGCUGGUGAACUUGCUAGAAGAACAGCUGCCACAGUAUAAGCUAAGAGUAGAUUCUCUCUUUCUCUAUGAAAACCAAGACUGGGCACAGUCAUCACACCAGCAGCAGGAUGCGCCGGAGACCCUCUCUCCAGUCCUUGCUGAAGAGACAUUCCGAUACAUGAUUCUAGGCACAGACAGAGUAGAGCAGAUGACCAAAACCUACAAUGACAUUGACAUGGUCACGCAUCUCCUGGCAGAGAGGGAUCGAGACCUAGAGCUAGCUGCUCGAAUUGGGCAAGCUCUCCUAAAGCGCAACCAUGUCUUAUCUGAGCAAAAUGAGGCUCUGGAGGAGCAGCUGGGACAAGCCUUUGAUCAAGUUAAUCAGCUGCAGCACGAGCUAUCCAAGAAAGACGAGCUGCUCCGAAUCGUCUCCAUUGCCUCCGAGGAGAGUGAAACUGAUUCUAGCUGUUCCACGCCUCUUCGGUUCAAUGAGUCCUUCAGCUUAUCUCAAGGUCUGCUGCAGCUGGACAUGCUGCAUGAGAAGCUCAGGGAACUGGAGGAAGAGAACAUGGCCCUUCGAUCCAAGGUGCAUCCCACUUUCCUUUACUUCAACACUCUGUGCUCAGGUCUGGGGAAUACUGAGGCUUGUCAUAUCAAGACAGAAACAUUUACCUAUGAAGAGAAGGAACAACAGCUUGUCAAUGACUGUGUUAAAGAACUUCGUGAGACCAACGCACAGAUGUCCAGAAUGACUGAGGAGCUGUCGGGGAAGAGUGAUGAGCUGCUUCGAUACCAAGAAGAGAUCUCGUCCCUGCUGUCUCAGAUCGUAGACCUCCAGCACAAACUGAAAGAGCAUGUGAUCGAGAAGGAAGAACUAAGACUUCACCUGCAGGCUUCCAAAGACGCCCAGCGACAGCUGACAAUGGAGCUUCACGAGUUACAGGACAGAAACAUGGAGUGCCUGGGAAUGUUACAUGAGUCCCAAGAAGAAAUAAAGGAGCUUCGUAGCAAAUCCGGCCCUUCUGCUCAUCUCUGCUUCUCCCAGUCUUACGGAGUUUUUACAGGGGAAUCAUUGGCAGCUGAGAUUGAAGGCACCAUGCGUAAGAAGCUGAGUUUGGAUGAGGAAUCUGUGUUUAAACAAAAGGCCCAGCAGAAGCGGGUGUUUGAUACUGUCAAGGUUGCCAACGACACUCGGGGCCGCUCUGUCACAUUCCCAGUCCUGCUACCCAUCCCAGGCUCCAACCGUUCAAGUGUCAUCAUGACAGCAAAGCCCUUUGAGUCUGGUGUCCAGCAAACAGAGGACAAAACACUCCUGAGCCAAGGGAGUUGCGCGGAGGUUGCAGGGAACUCUCAGCCCACAAACCCCCCAGGAGCCCCUGACGACAGUGAUCUGGCUACAGCGUUGCAUCGCCUUAGCCUGAGAAGACAGAACUACCUAAGUGAGAAGCAGUUCUUUGCUGAAGAAUGGGAACGGAAGAUCCAGAUUCUGGCUGAGCAAGAGGAAGAAAUUGGCAGCUGUGAUGCUCCUACAGAGAACCUUGCCUCAAUCUGCACUGACCAGUCAGAGACCACAGACCUCGGUAGUGCCGGCUGCCUUCGAGGCUUCAUGCCAGAAAAGUUACAGAUUGUCAAGCCCCUAGAAGGAUCACAGACUCUACAUCACUGGCAGCAGCUCGCUCAACCAAACUUGGGAACCAUUCUUGAUCCGCGACCAGGCGUCAUUACUAAAGGCUUCACCACACAGAUGCCCAAGGACGUCGUCUAUCACAUCUCAGAUUUAGAGGAGGAUGAAGAAGAGGGGAUCACUUUUCAGGUCCAGCCGCCUCUUCAACUGGAGCAGAAGCCUGCACCGCCCACAGCAGUAACGGGGGUCUUCUUGCCACCCAUGACCUCAGCAGGUGGACCAGUUACAGUUGCAACUUCGAACCCAGGAAAGUGUCUCUCAUUCACGAACUCGACAUUCACCUUCACCACCUGCAGGAUCUUACAUCCCUCUGACGUCACUCAGGUCACCCCUAGCUCCGGUUUCCCAUCACUGUCCUGUGGGAGUAGUGCAAGCAGCUCAUCCAGCACGGCUGUGAACUCUCCUGCUGCGUCCUACCGACUAAGCACUGGUGAAGCCAUCACAAACCGGCGGGACUCCACCAUAACGUUCAGUAGCACGAGGAGCUUAGCCAAACUCCUGCAGGAGCGAGGCAUCUCCGCUAAAGUGUACCACAGCCCGGCUUCAGAAAACCUCCUCCUCCAGCCUCGCCCCAAGGCCCUGGCCACCCCUUCCACGCCACCAAAUUCCCCGUCGCAAUCACCAUGCUCCUCCCCCUUGCCCUUUGAACCCCGAGUCCAUGUCUCUGAGAAUUUCUUGGCUUCCCGACCAGCUGAAACAUUCCUGCAAGAAAUGUAUGGCUUGAGACCUUCAAGGGCCCCUCCUGAUGUUGGCCAGCUGAAGAUGAACUUGGUAGACAGGCUGAAGAGGCUGGGAAUAGCCAGGGUGGUCAAGACCCCUGAUCCCCAGGAGAACGGGAAAAGCCGAGAGGCAGAAAUGGGUCUUCAAAAACCAGACUCUGCUGUUUAUUUAAAUUCAGGUGGCAGUUUAUUGGGUGGACUAAGGAGGAAUCAGAGUCUUCCAGUCAUGAUGGGUAGCUUUGGAGCCCCAGUUUGCACAACCUCCCCCAAAAUGAGUAUCCUGAAGGAAGACUGAGGCUCAAAAUUAACUGACCUCGUGAAUAAAUUAGCACAUGAAGGAAAGAGAUGCACUGAGAAUGGGGACCGGCCUAACCUGAGAGAAAAGGAAUGUUGCAGAAGGACUGUGAAUGUAGAGAGGGCAUAGUGAAGGGAUAGGAUGUUUGGAAGAGGCUCUUUGAGGAUGGAAUCUAGUAAACAAAAUGGGGACACGUGACGAACAGUUUGGAGACAGAAAUGAAAGGGUUAGUUUGUUCCUUCAGCUACGUUUCCUUGCCUUGGAAAUAAAAAGUGAAUAGAAAAAUAAACCAAAUUCUAUCGAAACGUGACAGUAAUGCUAAACUGCUGACACCUUUGUCCCUAGAGAACACAAGCCGGAAGCGCCUGCCUAGGAAGGAAACCUGGCACAGCCAGGCAGAGAGGAGGCUGUUCCGGAGAGUUGGUGCAUGCGCAAUUGUGUGUUACUGAACUGGUGGAAGCUAACGUCCCUGCUGGGCCCUGGUCAAGUGUAUCCAUUCAGUGGUGCACUCUCACCAGUAGCAAAAUAAGGAAUUUUACCUUGUCUUCUACAUCAAAAAUGGAGACUUUCUUAUUUGGAGACUUUGAGGCACUAAGAAUCCAAACACCACACAGAUAGAUUCCUUUGUAUUUGUGAUGACUAAAGCUUCAGUUUUUUAAGCUUGUAUUUUUGUACAACACAACAAAAUAAUAAAAUAACUAGUGGCUUGGAGGGAUUUAAGAGGAAAAUAAGGGUAAAUUGGAAUCAGAAACGUUUUUUAGGAUAUUUCUUCUGGACAAUACGGUGGCCCAGGAAUGCAAACAUAAAUGCGUGUUUCUCAGUUUUCCUUGGAGGCCAGAAGGGUUUAAACCAGAAGUGCAAUCAGUCAGUAGGCAGUAGAUUAUGUUGUAUAUUUAUAUAUUUAAUUUUUUAAAGAAAAGUUAGUUGUAACUAGCUUUUUCCAAAGUGUGCUAUGCAUAUUUUUAAUGAAAGAUGACAUGUAUUUGCACAAAAAUUCUCAGGCACAUUAAAUUAUAAACUGAAGUAAAACCCAGGUGCUUGCUUUGAAAGUGUGCUUUUGUUAGAUUUUGUUAUUUUCCUUGUGUACAUUAAGUCAUCUGCCUGUCUCUUGGUAUCUGGAGGAGUAGAGAAGGGUCUUGUUCAUGGGAGAGCCAAGACUUCUUUUCCUCUGAUUUCUUUUUUAACAAGCUGAAAAGCAAGUGAGGCCUGAAGCUGGGGUUUCAGCCUUCAGCCUGUGAUGCAGGCCUCACUCUGGGGAGGAGAUCUGUGCUCUGAGGUGGCAGGUCACGGUCUGCCUCUGCAGAUGACAUGGUUUUGUCUCCAUGGGGUUGUUUAAGCACAUGAGGAGAAGAUGAGAGUGGAACUGCUUGUCUUGUUUGUCAAGGCGAAGUCUUUUACUUGGUCCUCUUGGUGCUUAACUUGCAAAUAUUUUGCUUGAGAGAAAUUCUUUUCUGCCAGGGAGUUUUGUCUUUCUUAAGCCGCCUCCCCAAGAAGAGGUGCACUCAGAGGGUUAGAAAAGCCAGCAGCCACACAAUGGUAAGAACAUGUGGGUUUUCUAUAUUUCUAUAAUCUUUAAUAUAACUUUUCUAAAUUUCUCAGAGACAAAGGGUGGAAAGAUGCCCCUCCCUUUGCCCCCCUUUUGCCCCUUUCGCCCCCUUCGCCCAGUCUAGCUGCUGUCAACAGUUCAUCACACACACAUUUAUGAAGGACUCUGGGUUAGAUAGUGACCCUGCCUGAAGCAGGCAUUAGCAAGAAUUCUGGUGUUUAAAUUUCCCAAAUAUUCCAAGUCACAUUUUAAAAACAGCAUUUGCAUUUCUAGUCUAUAAAUAGCUGAAUACCUCCCUCCGCAGACCCUUAAAGCUUUGCCUCGGUUCUGAAGAAAGGACUCUUCCUGUUGCUUGGGCAUUUACAGCUUCUAAGGAAGGAACAGCACAGAGUAGGGAAGCAUGGGACUGAGGAGGUAGUAGUGUAUUACAUAACCAGGCAUACACAUGGUACAUAAACCACGAUAAUGAACUAGAUUUUGUAGAGUUCUGUGUUGACAAAAAUUCUGUACUUUUGUCAGUGCCUAAGUGACCACUGGAAGCAGAGUUGUGUCUUAGCAGCCAGAUGAACAUGGCUAAUUAAAGAAAACCAGGCUUGGGGUUUUGAAGAUUAAUCUUGAUGUUCUGUCAGAACAAAUUGUACCCAUGCAUGCAUGUCUCAGAAAGUGAAUCCUGUCUUAAAACUGGGUUUUGCUGAUUUUCAGUUUUCACCUAAAAUUAUUUUGGUACAGCCUGAGAACCUGUUACAUGGGACUAUCUGUGAACUAUAACAAAAACUAGAACCUUCCAGUGAGUUCUCCCUCCACAGGACUCUUACAUUUCAGUACUGUUCGUGGGUGGGAGGGUUGUUUUGUUUUGUUUUUUCAUUCAAUGUCAGCUGUACUCUCAUGCUUGCCUGGGAAAACUCAACUGAGUUUUCUCCUUCAGGAUUUUCUGUGGUGAUUUCUCAGGUACUUCCGAGUAGCCUGUUACCUGUUCAGAGAGUCUCCUUGAGCUCAGAAUUAAAAUUGUCCUGAAUUUUUGAAGAUCCCAAAUCUUAUGUAAAUAGCCAUUGAUAAUUAAGUGGGUUUUAUUUUUUAGUCUUGUGCUUGCCCUUGGUCUGACAUAAAUGAUCAGACUCUGUCAGGGGAGGAUGUUAGAAGAAGCUCACAAGAGCCUAUCUGUUGAAGGCACAUUUUACACAGUAUUCCAAAACCCUAGUGCAUAAUUAGUAGUAGGUGGUUCUCACAUCAGCUUGACAUCUGGAGCUAGGGCUGUCUGUCUGGGGCCUUCUCUGCCAUCAGGUGUGUAGAGACUUGUGCUCAGAGUGUACCACAGGCACGCACACUAGUCCACUGCCAAGUGUGGCCCCGGGCAUGGGGUCCUGAAGGCUCCAGGAAAAUACUGUUGUGUCACAUAUGGAACAUGACUUGUCAAAUAGCUUUUUAUGCACCUUCCUUUGCUUUACCAAUUGUAAAUCAGAUAAUAAAUUGUAAAUCAGGUAAUAAACAUGAGGCUUCUUCAAUUGU